AUGAUAUAAAUAAAGACACAACAGUGUGUUACUAAUUAUCAUAUUACGUACUAAGUAAUAGUCAAAAUGAACGCAACAACGUUGAUCAUUUGUAUUUUAUACAUUUUUAACACAAAUGUGUUGGUUUCACCCUCGCAGGAACUUUUGUUCGAACCUAGAAAUGGGGUAAAGUUUAGCGUGAGAACUGAAGUUCCCGUGCUAAAAGUCAACUACACUGUUUAUAAGACAGCUUUGACAAGUUUGGUCGACGACUGGUUGAAAGGAAAAAUAGGCACGGGGCAGCCAACAGAACAAUGGGAGAGGAACUACAUUGCAAGAGUUAACCGUAUAGUUAAUGGCGAAGUAAAUAACUGUUCAAAGGAAGUCAGUGAUACGAGUGGAGAUAAAAGCAUGGGCCUGUAUUGUUCAGAUGAAAAUUUAGAUAAGAAAACAAGAGAUGUUUACUAUGAAAUAAUUAAAAUAAAAGUUCCAGGGCAUUUAAAUGUGGUAACUUCCCACCGGCGGUGGAUACGGCUUACAUAUAAGUUUCUAAAUUUAAUAGGCGUCAAAUUUUCUGACAAAAUGACUGACCUUGUUAGAAGACAUGACUUGAGCAAGUAUACACAUCGAGAAGUUCUGGGAUACGCUAUAAUGUUUGGAGAUGGCGCCCUUGGUUAUAGAAAAUUAGAAACUAGGGAUGAAAAGUUAGAAUGGAGUAUUACUCUUCAUAACCAUUAUGCCGGUAAUCCUCAUCACCCGGAAUAUUUUUAUCCACUUCAAGAAGACGGUAGCCGAAAUAAAAGUAUUUCCGUUUUGAAACUAGACCCUGAAAAUGGUAAAAAUUUCCUUGAUGAAAGUCUUAUCGAUAUGCUUGCUGCUCGAGGGGAAAGGGAUCUGGCCGAAGAUAGGGAAUUUAAUGUAAAGAAAUGGUUCGAUCUUAGUGAACGGUUCUUCAGGAGGUAUAAUAAAGAGGAUAAGGGGUAUGUUUUGGAUCGCAUAGGGGAUUACGGAAUGUUGGCAACAAGAUUUUUCUCUAGUAGUGAGAAUGUAAAACUAGUCAAAGGACUUUUUGAUAACAGAAGAGUUGUGUUUGAAAAUUACAGCCACUGAAGUGAUAUUAAUGAAGAAAUUCGUGUUCAUUUGGACAGACUCAGUAUCUGAAAUAAAUUAUAAAGAGCAAUGCAGUACUGCAAGGUUUAGUAGAAAGCUUGAGCCUUCGUCGUCAAAUUUAGGAACUCUUUAUUUAUCUAAAAAAACUGAAAACAAACCUAGUGAUCUGGUAUAACUUUCUCUUUUCUUCGGUAUUUGAAAUGAGUAUUGUGUUUCCCCCGUUUCCCAAGUUGAACAAGUGAUAAUAAAUUGUAUUAACAUCAUUAUUUUGUUAAAGGAAUUUAUGGACAUCGAUAAUUUUACGGGGUGUAAAAGUCAUGCCCUAAAUUUUGACACGUAACAAUUUUUUCAUGAAUCUUGAAUGUAUUAUGGUUUUGUUUUAAUAACACUUAUCAAUCUAUUAAAUAGGAAGGUGUGCAAAGGUUUUGGAGAGAGAUUACUAGGUCAACUAGGUUAUAAUCAGUUACAUUGUUUGUACUUUAACUUUGUAAUACGGUGUAUGUUUUCUAAUCCGCAGUCAGUCAAUUCUGUAUUGACAUAUACACACAAUGCCUCAUAAAAAGUUUAGAAAGAGAUUAAAAGCAUUUCAGCUUCUUUCUUGACAUAUAUGUUAAAAUCAUGAACCAAGAGUGUGCACAAUUUAUUUUCCAAGUGACUGCUACUACUGUUUGGUCUGCAUUAUACGUGCACAUCACGUGACAUAUAAAUUCUUUAAGAUCUAUUUUAUUAGCAUAAUUGUGAUCUAAAUAAAUCUAACCACAAGUGAUUGAUGACCAUGCUUCGUUUGCCUGGAGAUAUAUUUAAACAUGUGCCUCUAGCCGAUUAUGUUUUCAAUGCAAAAUAUUUGUUUAAUGUAUCUUGUUUUGUUUUUUAGAGUUAACAUUCUAAAAGUUAUUUAUUCAUAUUUGAAGAAGAUGUCAUUACAGAGCAGUAUUCCAUCUUUUACUGAUGUUAUCAUAUUUCACAAGCUUACAUGUAAAUUUAAAAUGUCGAAGACAUUAUUACGUAUGUUGUAUUUGAAUCAUUGUUUACAGAAAAUGACCAGUAAGCAGUUAUGAUAAGUUUUCAAUCACUAUCUUAUGUAAUUGCUACGAAAUAUUCUGUCAUAGUAAAUGCUGUUUUAAUCUUCGAAAUUACAUUUCAGUCUGUUUUAAUUACUUUAUAGAAAGAGUUAAGAAACAUAUGUUUACUUAAAUAUCGAACCUUGUCAUAAUGUAAAAAAAUAUAUUUUCAUCAUUUGCAGCUUAAUCACACAUAUUACUGAUGUCGGUAUAUACCAAAUUUUAAUUAUGUUAUAAUUCUUUUUCACGUGUUUGUUCUGUCCAUAAGAAACAGUCUGCACAUUAAAAACCCUGCACCUUUACUUAACGUGAAUUUUAAAGUAUUACGCAUAUCUUAUAUAAGUAUACGUAGAUUUACCCCACCCACUAAGCUAUUUACUUAGCCCUUGAUUGUUGGAUUUAUAGAUAAUAAAUUAAUUAAAAGUUGUCAUGUCAAAAACUUAUGUUAUAGUUAAUGAAAUGUCUGAGAAUAAUAAAGCAUAAAAUUUAUAAAAUAUAAUCAAGCAAUUAAAAGUUAUAUAAUCAUUGAAGGAAUGUAUGUAAAACAGU